AUGGAGGAGAAGAGGAUUCUGUGUAUUGGACUCGUCUGUCUGGACAUCAUCAGUGUGGUGGACAAAUACCCCGAGGAGGACUCUGACACCAGGUGCCUUUCUCAGCGAUGGCAGCGAGGGGGGAACGCCUCCAAUUCCUGCACUGUACUUUCUCUUUUGGGGGCUCCUUGUGCCUUCAUGGGGUCACUGGCUCCAGGACACAUAGCAGACUUCAUCAUUUCAGAUUUCCGCAAGAGGAACAUUGAUGCCUCCAAUGUGAGCUGGCAGAGCUGGGGUGACACGCCCUGUGCCUGCUGUCUGGUUAAUGUCACCAACGGUUCUCGCACCGUCACGCUGUAUGACACGAAUCUGCCAGAUGUUACAGCAGAAAACUUCCAGAAAGUGGACUUGUCCAAAUACAAGUGGAUUCACUGGGAGGGCAGGAAUGCUGAUGAGCAGGUCAAGAUGAUCCAAAGAGUAGAGGAUCACAACAAGGAGUGUCCCCCUGACCAGAAGAUCAAAAUCUCAGUGGAGAUCGAGAAGGAAAGGGAAGAACUAUUCCAGCUCUUCCAGCAUGGUGACCUGGUGUUUGUAAGUAAAGACGUAGCUAAGUAUCUGGGCUUCCAUUCUGCAACCGAGGCAGUUUUUGGUCUGUACCCGCGGGUGCGGCAGGGGGCGUACCUGGUAUGUGCCUGGGCUGAGCAGGGAGCACAUGCUUUGGGCCCAGAUGGACAGGCGAUCCAUUCCCCGGCCUUCCCGCCUGAUGCCAUUGUGGACACAUUAGGGGCUGGUGACACGUUCAAUGCCUCUGUUAUGUUUGCUUUGUCUAAAGGUCAGACUAUGCAGGAGGCGCUCACCUUCGGCUGUCGUAUAGCGGGUAAGAAGUGCGGUAUACAAGGCUAUGAUGGGAUUAUUUCAUGA